AUGACGAUGAUGUUCACGAUAAUGAUAAACCAACUCCAGGUCGAACCCUCCGCCUUUGCCUCGGGCGCCACGGUCAAUGGGCUGCUGAAGGAAAUGGAAGAGUUGUUCGCUGUGAGGUUUGAACGAGGCGACAAGAAAAAAGCCCUCGUCCGCCUGCGCGCCGGCUCCCAACACAAGUCGCACCACUUUAGCACGUUUCGCUCAGGGGCGUGGUUAGGCCUGGCGUUGCCUCCCCGCCCUGCCAUCCACCCCGACUGUCCUCCCGGCGUGGAGCAUCCUUCUCUACAUCUACUCCAUCCUGUUGAUCCCGCUCUUGUUUUCGUUGAUGGUGGGUACGAAUGUGUUGGUGUGGGCGAGGGAGAGGGUUAA